CAGAAUGAGGCUUGGAACGCAUCACAUGACCCGAAGGCCCUGCGACACCAUGGAAACAAUUUCACCCGUGGAAAGCCAGUUAUCCAGCUCUUUCUCCUUAUCUAAUGCCAUCAAUGAUUUCCUUAAUCUUCUAACAAACUUAAAAGAUCAAAUUGCUUCCCAUACAACCAGCACAUUGGCCACACCAACUACUUUAUCAACUACCUCUUCAACUACUACAGUCAGUGGCAAAACAAGCCCAGUCACUAAAACAUCUUUGACUACUAGAAUUCAGUCAACCUCAACCAUUAAGGCUACUUCCAGAACUGGGACAACUUAUACACUUCUGUCAACAACCAAUUUUUUUGUUCCUGUAAGUCAGACUUCAUCAUCCAGUAGAUCAUCAAGCAGUUUAUCAUCCAGUAGACCAUCAAGCAGUUCAUCAUCCAGUAGACCAUCGAGUAGUUCAUCAUCCAGUAGACCAUCGAGCAGUUCAUCAUCCAGUAGAUCUUCGAGUAGUUCAUCAUCCAGUAGACCAUCGAGUAGUUCAUCAUCCAGUAGACCAUCGAGCAGUUCAUCAUCCAGUAGAUCUUCGAGUAGUUCUUCAUCCAGUAGACCAUCGAGCAGUUCAUCAUCCAGUAGACCAUCGAGCAGUUCAUCAUCCAGUAGACCAUCGAGCAGUUCCACAUCAACCACUAAACCAAUAUCUACAAGUUAUUUAACAUCCACCAGUAAACCAGCUUAUUUAUCUACUACUGCAACAAGCAAGUCAUCAACAACCAACAAGAUGCUGUCCACAAUCACCAGUGGAUGGAGCACGCAGAUGUCAUCUCAGAGUACCCUUAGCAGGCAGUCAACAAGUAACCUUAGUUCUGUCACAUCAUACUCAGCACCCUUCACCAGUAUAUCGUCUUCAACCAAACAAAAUUCAACUAUAAAUACCAGCACUACAACCACAGCAAAUGGACGGUCCACCUCUAUGUCCAGUAAUUCAAGUGUUUCCAUGCUACCGGAACUUUCCAUACUUGUCUCGUCCAUGGCAUGGAUCUUCAUCGCAGUCUUUUGAGGUCAUUUUUUUCUAUUGGGUAAAUAUGGUAUCGAAGAAUUUCGUUCUGCAAUUUUCCCGAUUGGGACACUCAAGGAUAUUUCCAGACUUCUUCAUCUGAUGGUUUAUUUUAAGGACCUCUCCACUUCAGCCUGAGAAGACGCUCAGCACUUGGCACUGUUCUUCUUUUGUAUCCAGCGACAACUAGUGGUCACAAUGUGUACUGCAGCCACUAGCGUAAAAUCAGAUGUUGUUCAAUACAUAAAGUACAAUCCUUGUUUGUUGCCUAAGAGAAAGUGGGACAACAUUUCAUUCACUUUGUACACACGCUCUGGCCUUGUUGUGAAUACAGCAUCCUCGCCGCUCAAUAAAAUUCUUCAGCAAAUCGUACAAAGACUCUUAGUUGAAA